AUGGAGGGAGCUUCCUGGGACUUUGCAUCAAAGAUGGAGGAGAUCAUGUCACUCGUGAAACAAAUGCAGAAUGCAGGAAAUCUGGAUCCAAGAAUUGAGAAUCUAGUAACAAGGAUUAAUGAAUUGCAGCAAGCCAAGAACAUAAUGAAAGAGGAGCUCUGUGAGGCAAAUGAACAUAAUGCAGCACUUCAGAAGGAGCUGGAAAAAUUGAAUGAAGAAGAGUUGAAGCUUGAGGAAAUAUUGAACGAGAAGAAAGCAAUCAGACAGAAUAUGGAAAGGCAUUCUGAAGAGAGAGAAGCGGAGAUGAAGAGACAACAGGAAAUGAACCUGGAAAGUAAGGAGAGAAUUGACUAUCUAGAGGCCAAGAUUCAGGAGGAGAAACUGAAGCAAAGGAAGCAGAGAAUGCAAUUUGAGCAGCGACUUGAAGAGUUAAUGGAGAAGCACAAGAGCCUCUGGGAGUGUCAUGUAAGAAAGAAGCCAGUGACUGAAGAAGACAAAGAGCUUUUGCUUGCGGAAGAAAAACGGAUCCAAGAGAAACUAGCUUAUCUUCAGGAUGAAUUAGAUUUGCUGAGGUGCUUUCCCUUCAGUGAAGAGAGAAGGUUUCUCAAGAGUCCUGAGGCAUCGUGUGCCAUGGAGCUGUUUCAAGAGGAAAAUAAGAAAGCAAAAGAGUAUUUGGAAGCAAACUCCAAGAAGAAUUCUGACUUGCAGGAGAGAUGCAGGAGACUAAAAGCAGAGCUGGAAAACUUAGGGGUGCUGGUUGGAGGAAGGAAGACUAACCGGUUGGAGGAAGGAAGACUAACCGGUCCCCAAGGAAGACUAACCGGUUUCUGGGCAUCAUAGAGUAGGUUAAUGGGAUCCGGAGGCAGACUGAACGUUUACUGAAUGUUGGCCCAAGUAUCGGACAUCUAUAAUAUUGGCUGUUAAGAGAAAACAUUGUUUUUGAUAUUCAGAUAAAUCUUCGUCUGUGGGGAAUACUGGGCUUCUUGCUCCAUUUUCAGCUUUGACCAUUGUUAUUAAGAGGAACUUAUUAUCUCUGUUAAUAAAGAAGUUCUACUGACUCUCUCAA